CUUGCCAGGCUGCUGAUGAACUACGACAAAGAGUCUUUAGAGUGUCUGUGCAGCCUGCUCACCUCUAUCGUCAAGGACUUUGACUCAGAGAAGGCCAAGCCUUGGAUGGAUCAGUAUUUUAGGCAGAUUCAAAAAAUCGUCAGAGAGGGGAAGAUGGCGACCCGGACACGGGACAUGUUGCAGGAUAUUAUGGACCUGAGAUUGAACAACUGGGUGUCCAGAGGACCCGAGCAGGGUCCGAAACCCAUUUACCACAAGGAGGCCAAGACUAAAGACAAGGAGGAGCCGACAAAAGUGCAGCCUCAAAUGGACAAGAAGAUCCAGCAGGUCCCCUGGGCUAAAGUCAUAAUGCAAUACCGGAAGAAAGCGCAGGAAGCGCAGGAAGCCGCUGAGCGCUGCACCUCCUUUGUCUUAGCCUGA